AUGGCUGACUCAGACGUCUCAAUGGUAAGAUUAGUAACUUCAUUCGAUAAAAAACUCAUACUAUCUCAUACUAUAAAUACAAUGACAGAAAAAUAAAACGGUGACUGAACCAUAGAUCUAGAUUCGUGUAAUAAUAAAGUCAGUAGCAUGUUAGGAAACUUAGCUAACAAUACUGAAGAAUCCUCCUUAGAACGUCUCCCAAGCAAUAAGGAAAGCUACCUACAUACGCAAAAUUAACUUUGAACAUGCAACACCGAAAAUUAUUAUCAGUCCACUUUAAUAGGGUGUCUCAAGCUUAUUCUUUUAGCGUCUUGGAAACGUGUUUCAAUGGUUUUUUUUAUUCGCUCGUCAGAUUCAAUCUUUCGCGGCUGGCAGUCGCCUCUUUCCCUUGGUAUUCGGCCGGCGGGAGGAAAAAAGAGAAACGGAUUCUUCCCGCACUCCGAAUACCAGGGAAAAGAGGCCUCUGCCAGCAGGGAAAUGUGAUCUUAAAUUUAUGCCAACUAUGACAUUGCGUUACAGUAAAAACCCACAUAUAAGAACCUACAAUUUAAGAACCUGUUAGGCUAAAAUUUUCAUUUUGAACCCCCUUUUUAUAAGAACCUAUUUAGCCUAAAAUUUUCAAUAGGUUCUUAUUUUACAAAAAUGAAGGCAGUGGAGAAGAAAAUACAGCCGGAAAAAAGAAAAUUAGUUUCAGUCAGUAAGAUUCAAAAUGUAACACGGCAUUUUAUGGAUACUACGGCAUGAAAGACAUGCAUGCUAGUACUUUGGAAAGAUAAAAUUAUUGCAUGGUUAUCAUCUAAACUGUAUUCUAGAUAAUUAUUUAAUACAGCAACAUAUUCCAUAUCACAUAUGCCCUGUAGUAUAGUUAUCUGUGCUGAUCGCUGGUGCCCCUAUUAAAAUUUAGAACCUAUUUAAGAACCUAAGUAGCCUAAAAUCCCACUAAAUACCAUUUCUAUAAAAAUCUAUUUAGGCUAAGUUGGAAAAAUCUAGGUUCUCAUACGUGGGUUUUUACUGUAUUGGACGAACAAAUUUAUGGUGGAAGAGGUCAGCCAGAGUAUCUCCGAUCUAAAGGGCUGUUUUUACCCAAAGCUUUGCUGAAAAAAAUUGAGCAACCAGGAACCUACGGCGAACACAGUUAGUGCAACAAGAAGAACCUAACUGUGUAUUUCUCCAGUUCAUUUUCCAAACAAACCUUCACAAAACGAAAUACAGUAAACACCCACGUAUAAGAACCUAUAGAUUUUUCCAACUUUAGCCUAAAUAGGUUCUUAUAGAAAUGGUAUUUAGUGGGAUUUUAGGCUUAGGUUCUUAAAUAGGUUCUAAAUUUUGAUAGGGGCACCAGCGAUCAGUACAGAUAACUAUACUACAGGGCAUAUAUAUAUAUACCUUUUUUCCGGCUGUAUUUUCUUCUCCAUUGCCUUCAUUUUUGUAAAAUAAGAACCUAUUGAAAAUUUUAGGCUAAAUAGGUUCUUAUGAAAAGGGGGUUCAAAAUGAAAAUUUUAGCCUAACAGGUUCUUAAAUUGUAGGUUCUUAUAUGUGGGUUUUUACUGUAUAACAUUCACGGAAAACGUCAAAUCCGUCUUUUUACUCAAGAGUCACCUGUACUUUUUAACACCGGACGUAAAUGAAUUUCUACAAUUAGGAAAAGCGUUACUAGUUAGGAACGUGCAGUGUGUGGGCGAGUUUCUAAUGCUAUCUUAUUCGCUUUUUUAAGGAAUCAGACUGCUCUUCUGGUGACAAGAGGUGAGCAACUAACACGCUACAAAUCGGGGUUAAACAUGAAGGUUUGCUCCAGUAACUUUUGUACAAAUAAAAGACACUAAAGAAAAGCACGCUACUGCUUCUGCGUAUAUGCUUGUUUGUAAACCUGGUAACCAGCUAAACUCUAGGCAAUACAAUACCGCUCACAAAUGGGGUGAGUUUUUCAGGUUUUACAUGUUCUUAAUAAAGGUACUUAAUAACGUUGGACGGCUGUACCCUUUUAUCCGCAAAAACUUCAAGGAACUUCCAAGGAAGCAAAACGACACAACCUCAGUGCUGUGACGUGUUCAGUAUUUUAAUGGUAAAAAUGUUACGUUCCUUUUUUUCAGACGGAGAUGCCCUUUCAAAAACUGAAUAUCCUGGAGACAAGAACUUUUUCGAUUGCUACUGACCUGACUUUUCCUUUUCAUUUAGCGAUGAAGAAAUGGAUACAAGCAGCAAUUCCGGCAGCUCACCCACAAAUCAGCAUAUCGUGCCCUUCGCGCUUGGGCAGGUGAAAAAACUGUUUACCAAACCUUCUCAUCGAAAACAUCUACUAACAUCUGAUAUUCAAAACAAUGAUUGUAAAAAUAUAUUCCACUGUCACAAGAAGUACAUGUUAGCAAAAUUCCACUCCUUUUUCAAAAACACAAACGAAUUUAAAUUCUAUGCUCUAAUAAAACACGCAUCGAAACAAAGUAAGACCGACCGCAGACUGACCGACCCACUAACACUGACCGAUUCUCUAAUCGAGUGAUUUACCGAGCACUUGAAUACGCGGUCGAGCAGCCCGAGUGACCAACAUCAACUUUAACCACCGAAAAGAAUGUUAAAAUCCUUUUUGCUACGUCCCACGGCAACUCUCCUCUCCUUCUUUCAAAUUUCAGUCGCUCAGAAAAGCUUACUUUCCCUUUUGGACAUCAAUCACAACACUUGAUUCCAGCAUAUGUCUCACUCUAAUCAAACGCUUAUCUUCUCUUACUAGGGACCUAACGCAAACCAAGCUGUGCGCCAACAAAAUGAUCAUCAGACAAAUCAAGCCAGGUAAGACACUAAAAACAGUCAUGUUUUUUGAGAACUAUAUACUAAACAAAGUACCAUCUCCACCAUAUAGUACCUAACAACCUGUACCCAACCCUAACUAACUUACUUGUAGUAAAUAGUUUACAGGUUAUCACAAUAUAGGGAGGCGCAUUCGGCCGAAAGUCCGAGAAGGUAGGUGGUAAAAUAACCUGCUUUCCGGUGCGAGAGAGUAUUGAACAGUCUUCUAGCCGAAAAUGACACAUUGAUAAAGUUAUCAUAGAAAGCACACUGAGUUAGAAUGUUGUCACUGCAAGAGGCCAGAUUACAGUGACAACUUACGUCUGUUACACUAUGCACAACAACGUCUAAUUAAUUCCCUGUUCUACAAUUCGGCGUAUUUUUCGGGCGAGCAAAGGCUGCUUGUUACUGAUGAGUUUUUGUACUACUGAGGCCGGCCGCCAUCUUUUACUUUAUCGAUGACGCGAAUAGAAGUUAAGCCACUGUUUUACGUAUCUUUCAGGUAUGGUCCACCAAAUAUGGUAGCGGCGUCGAGUCAUCUUCAGCCACAGGUGUAUAUGGAAUCUUCUAUUUUAUUCAGUAAACAAGUAGUAAAAGCAACGUCGGUAAAACGACAUAAAGCGACAUUUUUGCCCCGAGGUGGCAAUGUUUUGGGCCAAAGAAGCUUAUGCAUCUUCAGGAAAUGCUGGCUGCGUAGCCCCUGCAUAUUAGGACGGGCUUAAUAAAUUUCCCUAAUUCCUAUUUUCAAAAUUUACUUAAGUUAUGGGUUUUAACCUGGUUCUCUUUUUCCCCUCAGGCUGGUGAUGACAUGCCUGACCCUGUGGCAGUUUUUUGGUUCGUUGUCUUUAUGUGUCUCAUUUGCAAAUAUGUGAACUAAAAAAGCAGCUUUUUAGUGCAAUUUCCCAUUGUUAAGGUUAUCGACUUUAAGUAACUAAUUCAUGUCUGUCGAAGUAAUUGUUACUGUUAUUGUUCGAUGUAAAUUCGCUGAUCUAAAACAUGUUUAUAACUUUUGUCAAAGCACAAAAAACGAGUAAUGUCGAUUUUAGGAAUCUCUGCGCAAAAUUGUUAACGAUAAAAACUCGAGUGGCUAUUUUUAUAGUGUUGUUAUUUAAUAAUAAAAACGUAAGGUACCUGUGUUUGGUGUUGUUUAGUGAGACUUAAGCCAUUGAGAGAGCUCUGAUACAGAACCUAUCAUCCAUCCGCGUAUCCACUGAAACAGCCCCUCAUCAAACAAACGUUUCGUUUCCCUACCGCAAAAAGAAAAACAAUGAAAUUUAGGUGAAUUGUUCAUGUCUGUGUAAAAAUCAAAAUUGAACAGGACCUUAUUCAGCUGAAUAUAAAAUGACCAGAAUACACUUACUACAGAGAUACUAUUGAGACCGGCACGAAAUGUCCGGCUUAGAGAGAGGUGUCCGAAUUAUCGACCAAUAAUUGAGGUCCAAGGAAGCCUGACACCAGGUAGUAAAACAACAAACAAAUAAAUAAAUAAAUAAGGAUUUGGAGGUAGCACAUCCACAUAGUGGUUCUUCGUCUACCUGAUUCCAGGUCAAACUGGAAUUUAGAAACGUUGGUUUUUGAGGAGAGGGGAAAACCGGAGAAAAAAACCUCUAAGAGCAAGGGAGAGAACCAACAACAAACUCAACAUACCGUAAAAUUCCGAAAAUAAGCCCCUCAAUAUAUAAGCCCCCCAAAAUCGUUACGCAAAACACCCUCCGUUAAAUCGCCCCUCGGAAUAGAAGUCUCCCGGGGGGCUUGUACUUGGAAUUUGCCCUCGAAUACAAAGUAAAACAAAGCAAAAAUGGUAACUUUUUUCCCCACUAGAAGCUAGCCUAAUCGAUUUUGAAACGCAAAUUUCCCUCCGUACAUAAGCCCCUCCAAAAAUAAGCUCCUCAAAAAGGGCCUUUGAAAAAUAUAAGCCCCGGGGCUUAUUGUUGGAAUUUUACGGUAUGGCAUCGACGCCGGGAUUUGAACCCGGGCCACAUUGGUGGGAGGCGAGUGCUCUCAUCACUGCGCUACCCUACGCCAACGCCGGGUAGCAGACUUAACUUUUCAUAAAUUCUAACUCUUCGACGCGUUUUUUGAUUUCGUGCUUUAGUCAGCAAUUUUUUCAAACGGACUCUGUACAAAAUGAGACAAUAUACAAAACGAUUUGAUAGCCACCGAGCCACUUAAACCUGUCAUGUUUUUGACAUUCUUGUUGCCGUGACGUCUUAAACUGCCUACAUGUAAUUUCUGCGAAACCAAUUUGCCAACGAGAGGAAGCUGGAGAUAACCUAAAUGAUGACACCUUAAUUGCAAUGUUUCAUGAAACUUAGUACGAGGCACGUAACUGAAGAUGUUCGUUCGUUUACGACAAUCGCCGAUCGCAUCAAUGCCCGAGAUAGCUUGAGGCUUAAUAUUUAAUUAGUUUUUCUGAUAUUUACUAAAUUUGUUCAAAAAUUGACCAUGCACACAACUUCGGAAACUGCAUUUUAAAGUGAGUAUGCGAUUAAAAAAACAAAGCUUUAAUUUUUUUUUUGCAGCGAUUCAAAAUUGCAUUCCAUUCUCCCUUUUAACAGCAAGAUAGAGUAUGGAUACGCCUUUUCUUUAUUAACGUCCCAAAGCAGCAGUGUCUCUUUCGCCCGUUCAAAACAAUGACUUAAAAAGAAACGCUGAAGACGUUGCUAUUAAACAAACAUGACAACAGAUCCCUAAUUUAUUCAUGACAGAUGGAGGUUAAGUACACAAUUUUCUAAGCCCCUGAAGACGUUUUUCUUGUCUAUGAAAAUACCUCCCGUAAUCUGUUUAGAACACUUUCUUUUUUAACAGAUUAAAACUAGCAACCGAAGGAAAAAAUUGUGACAUCAACUAAAAGUUACCUUAACAUAAGAAGAACCAAAAUACAAAAUAAGCGCCCACUUUUCCACGCCAACGCAUCUUAACCCGAGAUCUGUCCCAGCACAUACUGCUUUAAAACAAUGAAAAAAUUCCCCGCUACUUUUGACUAUGCAAAUGGAGGUUCGAUUACUGGUAUAACAACUUGAUCACUUGCGUGUGAACAACAUUAAGUAAAACAUACUGGAAGAUUGAGGUCAAAGAAGCUUUUGGAGGGAGUGCACGGAUGACAGUGAUGGUACGGAAAUCUUCCAUGAUGGCGACUGUCGCAGAGUGGUGCGGACAUAAAUCUGGAUAUUAAUUGUCAGAAUCAAGAAAGGUUUGAAAAUAUGCUGCAAAUACGAUGGAUACAAUCACACGAUACUGGCUAAGGUAUGUAGGUCUGAAGUUAAAUAAGUAAAAAGUUUGUAAUUAUAGUUAUUUAUUCUAGCAAUUGAAGUUCUCAGUGACAAACAGUAAUUUGCAGCAUGCAAGUAACCGAACUAUCUGUGUUUGAAAGGAAACCCACGAUUCACUUCGUUGCCUUCGCCAAUUCUUAAAAAGUUUAUGUUCAAUAUGCAAAUUUUAUUCCGAGAUUCGACGGGUAAUUUUGUGUUUCAAUUUUUUAAGCUAUUUGGAGAGUUGGACAUGUGAUUUCAAAUUCCCACUUACACCAAGCAUCAUCAAUAUAAGGGCCAAGCAACAUCAACCUUUAAAACGUAAUGUUCGCAUAUAGUUCCUCUACAACGUUACCCAAAUAUUUCCUACGGUGUUGUGUCAAAAUAAAAAGUUCGUUCGUUAGUGAUAAUGUCUUUUAUACUUAAGUUACGCUUGGUUCAGCAAAGAUUUUAUAAGAAGAUGCUGACGAGUCUAUAAUAAGAUGGAAAGGGCCGACACUAUCAAAUUGUUUGUUUUGUUUUCCUUUUUCUUCCAGAGAUUUUUUCUUGGAAUGUGAAUAUGUACAAAAGUUUUUCGUGGAAACUUCAAGCCAGCGAUAGCCAGACUGCAACCUCUACAGAAAUGUCAAUGAAUCAGACCGAAAAUAAAAUGUAUGAACAAACUGAUAGAUUGCAGACUUUCCAAUAGUCACGUGAGGGCAAUGAGCAGACAAAGGUGACUCGCGAAAAGUGAAUUCAAUUCUCGUUUACCUCGUUUGCUUGCUCGCGUACUUACUGAUACAAUUAGAGGCUACUCUUAGUAUAGUUAAGUGGCUUGAAAACCUGGAUAACUUUAUUACUAAUGCUGAAAACGCGUUGUUUGUUUUUAUUUGUGAAGCUUCACGCAUAACUGUAUAAAUAUCCAGCAACAUCGGUUCUGCAAGACUCUAAUGACAAUAAAGUUCGUUUAACAUUACGUUAGGAUGAUUUGCUUUGUUGAAAAAUACCAAAACCUUCAAUAACCCCGGAACAGAGUUGCCUUCCGAUUCAGAGUCAUCUUAAAUUGUACGAAUAUACAUUAACCUAUAUGAAGCGUGAAACAAUAGCAACGUUAACUGUCUCGAAAACUUUUAGUAUCACCUGUUGCUGUCCACUUAAAAGAAGUGUCCAACUUUCACCUUGUAUAGACUCAAGCUACACGCAAACAAAUUUCGGCUGGGAUGAUGACCGCUUUUGAUAGAGUUUUAUCGAGUAAAUCAGUUUUGGUGAGAACUAGCUACCCACCGCCGUCCGCUUUAGUUUAAGAUAAACUAGAGGCGGCAGAACAUAAAGGGUGGAAGAUUAUAAAGUUAAUUUUACAGUGGAUGUCAAAAUAUUAAAGAUACUACCAUGGUCAACACGUUUUCCAUUUUCCGUUUCACUGCUGCCCCUUCCUAGCUCAAUUCUUUUUUCAGUACUGAAACAAAAUUGGAAAUCUUUAGAAACAGGGUACAAAACUAACUGCAGUAAAAAAAGGGACGCAUAUUCAAAUAAUUGCCCUCGGCCAGUCUUUCGGCCAACAAAAUCUUACAUUGUAGCUAAAUUUUUCAACCUGUCGCCUCAACUUGGGCAUUUAAAACUGAGCAGAAUUUAAAUUACUAACAACUUUGGAUUCAGUUGUUUUUAAGACAUUAAGCUAAAAAGCAUCUACAAUUCUCUUUCCGGUAGGAUUACGCGCCCCACCAAGGAACCAUCCAAGGCUAACGGAGGAAAAUAUUUAAGACAAUGAACAAGGAAUAGACUUCCUUAGUACGGUGCGGGCCAAGUCACCUUUUCUGAAGCUUUUAGAUUAAGACUUGCGACAUAAAAUGCUACGAGCCUAAGCUGCCUGCAAACCGUUUGAAAUUUCAGCCAUUAGCAGACGCAUGCGCUGAAGUUCGCAUCCGCUGAGCCUCGCAGUGCACAAUAGAUGACGAAAAGCGAGGAGCGGAGCCGCAUUGAGGACAAGUGAAAAUACUCAACAAGCCAGUAAAAGUGGGAUCUUAAACCAGGUAUGUGAAUAUUCUGAGCAAGCGAUCAUUGUAUAUUACUUGUACUUUACACUGGUAUAGUUACUGUCAAGAAACGUUAGUGCUUUCGAGGGGAGAACGAGGCUCGCUGACUCGAUCAGUGCAAGUGACAUCGUAACAUUCAACCAAAUAGCCAGGUUAGGUUUUUUUUUUAUUCCCUCUUUUUCCAACUCGAAAAUCUCAAGGAAUGGGGUAGUUUCAGUGAUUUUAAGCUUGCAAUGGCACUGCUCACUUAAUGGCCCGGGGAAAGUUAAAAGCAGAAAUUAUCAGUAUUAACCACUUUCGAUUACCUCACGCCUUCAUUAAAUUGCGGAACAGCUGUGCAUAAGGGGUAAAGCUUUUUUAAUUGCAAGUCAUUUAGCUCUAAAUACUCGCACUCGACGAGACAACCGCGCAGCAUGUAUUCAUGUGUUUACACUAAAGACUCACAGGACUACGUUUCAUUGCCUUAUUCCCAAACAAGAAAAAUGAUAGAACCUUACAUGUGAUAGUAAAAGGAAAGCUGUCUACUACAUUUUUUCACCUCAUGUUUUAACUCAACUAUUCUUCUUAAGAGCAUUAAGUGACAAUCAUAGCAGGGUGCCUCAUGACUUUUUUCGUUUAAUUGAAAACACCAACUACACAGUAUAUGAACUCAUUAGAUGUUAUUGUUACAACACUGCAGGAGCACUUUGCAAUAAAAGGAUUUUAAAUCAAAGGUACAAAAGCCACAUACGUUAAAGAUAUAUUUACCUCUCCUAAAUACAUCUUCACAUCCACCUUUUAUCCCACACAAUAGAUCUGGCCAACUGUAUCCACCGUAAAGACUAAUGCAUUUCUUUACUCCCACGAUGUUAAAAAUAUAUUUGUACACAAUAGUGCCUCGGGAUACAAAGCCUAGUAAACUUUACACCUCUUCCUGUUAAGGUUACUCGUAAAUAUUCAAAGUAUGUAAACCUUUUUCUCACAACAGAUUGCAGAUCACAGGAACGACAGCGAGGAGAGACGGCUGUGUUCGUGGACUAGAAUCUAGGCUUUUUGAAAAGGUAUGGACGACCUAAUAACCUAAUGCUAUCUUUACACGUGUUUUCUCGCCAUAGAGCAACGAGUUCGAUUCAAGGCCGCCAUCUUGAUUUUAUCGGGUGAGUUAAACCUGGGACGUAGGUGUAGGUAUCCAUGGAAGUUCCCAAGUGAAUCAAUAUUGUUCACAUUUACAGGUUAUUAAAUCCAAUUUAAAAACUAUUGACAUAAUCCGUUUUUUCCCUUUCAGUUGAUUAAUUCCAAUGGCUGAAAAAAGGGUAAGAGUUUUUGAAGUAAAGUUUCAUUUUUACGAUGGAUAGUGAGCAAAAUUUCAAAGUGUCAGCUAGUUCAUCAAUACUUUUAAGCCACACUACAAAUCCUAAAGGAUUUACUACUGCGAAGAUCAACAACCUAUAAUCUUCGUGGUAAAGAUAUUAUAACAUUACCUUAGAGGUCAACUCUACAAAGCGGAAGCAUUAAAACACGAGACUUAACUAAGUAGCUUUGAAAGACGCUUGAAAAGAAUUGACGUCAAACAGUUAUAUUGAUCUGCAAAUAGUUUUAUUAUAAUUAUUAUUGAACUGUACAUAGUUUUAUUUUAUUUUAUUACUCACAUAUUCACAGAUUUUUAUAUCGUAGAUAUAUAUUUUAUAUUGUAUCUUUCUCUAUUUUAAUUUGUGGCAAUAACUGCAAAAUAACGAUACUUGCAAUGAGCUCAGUGUAUCUGACCACAAAAAAGUUACUUAUUAUUACAAGAAAUAAAAGCUUGGUGACAUCACCUCAUCACAGACAAAAAAAAACGUUACUAGCAGACAGAGAGCUUAUGUAAACCCUGACUGUUAUAAAGGUUUUACUGCUUCGCUUUUAGUGCAAGCUGUACUAAUUAGCCUUUAAAGGAGCACUCAAGCGGGGUAAUAUCUCGACUUGAAAUAAUAAUUUAAGUGCUGCCUUUCCCCUGUCUCUUGAGGGAGAUCUUAGAACGACAUUAUUGCAAGGUGUCUAACAUGCAUAAUCACGUGUUGCUUUUUAACCUGUUUAGUUGCAGCUUUUACCUCGUGAUAUAAUUAAUAAUAUAAUAAUUUUUCAUAUUUGUUGUCAUUUUUUUAAUAUUUGCCCCUGUCCGGUCCUUGUCUAUUUCUCUUACAAGUGCGUUAUAGGCGAGGCAAGUAAAAUUAAAACGAAAAGAAGACAUCAAAACGAUCAGUGCAGGAUUAACAUGAUGUUUUUGAGUGGGUACAUGACUCUGUCAAGAUGCAUAAAUUUGUAUCUGGGUAAAAACGUUUGCAAAAGAGGUUUUUCGCUUUUUUUCAGGACAACGAAGAAGGACAAGACAAGGAAGAAAAAGCUCCCAAGUAAGAAGUGAAAAAUCUACCGUAUAAAACCACUAAUAUCAUUAAUAGACACUAAGUAUCAAAGUAGGCUCCUGUUGGCUUUAUUUAGGAACUCUUCAAGGCCUCUUAUAUUUCGGUGACACCUUGGAUAUGAAUCAAGCUCCACCUGUGUCGAAAACAUGACCUUAUCCUCUGUUACUACAGUUGUAAUUACAGUAAAAACAAAUGAACACCGGUAUUAAUAGCUCUUUCUUUUUGCAAACAAAAACUGAAAAAAGGUAACUGAGCCGCAUACCUCUUGUAAAAGUAUCAAUUUAAAACUCUAAAGACAAGAUUAGUGACUCAACAGAAAUGAAGAGAUGAUAAAGUUGUUAAGAGAGCUAAGACAUUUUUUUAAAAAUUGCUGACGACAACCAGACCAACGGAGAUGACAUUGAGAAACCUCGACCGGUGUAGCAAUAAAAUCCAAAACAAUCGCCGAAUGACCGAAAACAACUGAAAAGAACUGUCAGUAUCUUUCAGUGUUCUGGGAUCACCGAAAGAUGCAGCAUUUUUUAACACCCGUUUUACCAAUUUUACCAGUUUGGAAUUUGCACUAAGUUUAGAUAUGGCACACUCCAUUUAAAGUUUGAGAUAGCCUAGACGGAUUGAAACGCACCCAUCACUGAUUACGAGUCUUCAGAGCCAAUAACAUCACGGCUUAACUGACAGACGACCAAUAACGUCGCGACAUAAUUGACCAAGCAGAUCAAUAACCAGAGUAUAAUACCAUCAACUGACGUGAUACAACUCACUUUGACUCUGAAGAUGACUACCGCACAGGUUGUCGAAACGUCAGUCACUGUCAACACCAACAGUCCUAUUCAGGACUACGUUCACCCGGACGAUCAAACUCAACCUUUUGAAUAGACUAUAAUCUUAAGUAUGCAAUGACCGACGCCCAAAAAUGUUACGAUAUUGAGAAAGCUCACCGCUGUUACUACAUCUAGAGAGAAGCCUCUAAGUCGUAAUCCCACAAAUUUCUCAUUACGAGAGCAGUUCUCCCGUAUACAAGUUUGGUGAUGUCAGGAGGUCUCCUCGCCAUCUUUUACCGUUUAGGAUGCUGUUCUAAACAUUUCUCAGCCCAAUUUACGCAACCGUGUCUCAAAAGUUUCGCAAAUAUACUUAACUCCAUCCCGAUUUCAUUUCUUCUUUAGUGGCAAAAUAAGUAGCUACGCAAGGAAAAUAAAUGGAUGAAUUAAUGAAAAGCUAUUGAGACAACGACCUGAUAUAGAAAAUUAGAAAAUGCAAACUUACUUUACCUUAAUAUGCUGUUGAUAGUGAGAAUGAUGUGAGUGAAACUGCUCAGGACCUUCAUGCUGUUUCUGAUCCUGGACACCUUGAAACAUCUUCCCCUGAGGUAAACGUUAUAGUUGUCUUUCUUGAAAUAUGCAUGACACCUGACAUGGCAUUCUGGUUAAUCUUGAUAUCUGACGAAAAGCAAUGUUGAAUGGAAGUGACCCUUUGCACAUCAUACUUUCAACGAGACUUUGUAUUAAUAGUGAACACCUAGCUGCGAGAAAAAUUUAUACACACAACGAGCUUAAACUAAACGAUAAUGUUCAUGUGACAUGCCAACACCUGGUCUGUAAUUUAUACGUUUUUAUAGGUGUAUUUGAAUUUUGGUUACAAACACUGCAUUUACAGUAAGAGGGGCAUUUAUAUCACUUGCUCCCCCAAGAGAAUGAGUCCAUUCAAAUAAUUAUAAGGACCAAGUCGAGAAAGUGCCGGUUAUCUCUUAGUCCAUCUCUUGAACCUAGUAUAUAACUUUCCCACCAACACGAGUUUGCUUGACCUAGCCAUGCGCACCCUUAGCGCUCCUGAGCCAAACAUCACGAGGUGCAAAUCUCGGAACAACCCGCGUAUCAGAAACCAGAUUUUAAGGCCCUGUUAAGCUAAGAUUGUCCAUUUAGAUCCCUUUCACAUAAGAACCUGUUUUAGCCUACAAUAUUUGAAAGACGUUCUUAUUUUGUGAAAUUCAGUCAAACACUGAAAACACAAAUUUACCAGAAAAAGCUCUACUAGUCAGUCAAAUGAAGAUAAACCCCUGGCAAUGAGACAAUAUUGACAUGUAGAUCUGUAUAUCCUUGUACUUGUGUUCUGUUUAACUUGCAUAGCUUUGUAUAAACUUCAUAAAUGGCUUUAACAUACCUGGAUUUUUAUAACAUAUUAGGCAUGCAAUACCAAAAAUAGGCCGAAAAUAGGUCACACCCACCAAUAAGAAACACCCUAUUUAUUUAAGAACCUGGGUAGCCUAACUUUCCAGUUAGCACUAUUUUGAUGAGAACCUUCUUAGCCUAGCUUGGAGAUACUUAGGAUCUUAUACGCGCGUUUUUACUGUAGAAAACAUUCUGUAUAGAGUGGGUUUUUUCCUUAUAGCAGCAAUACACGGAUGGAGGGCGUUUGGUGCAACAAUGUACUGACACCGGGGGUGGACACAAUCCUGUUUGGUAAGCAAGUCCGAAAUGCAAACAAAGGAAGAUUGUUCCCAAACCAUAGUCGUGUCUUUAUGCGAGUAUAUUAUUAGGAGUUAAAAGGCUCAUUAUUAAAAUAAUACGACUAUUGCCUGUUAUUUUGCCAGCCACAAAUCAAUAAUGACUCAUAGCGCCGCUCAAAUGUAAUAUCAAAAACUAUUUUUUGUCACAACCAUUAUGUAUCAAUUCUCUUUUUGCUGUAACGAAAUCCUCGAAAAGGGAUAUUUUGGUAACUCUGCUGACCAUCAUGUCUAGCGACUGCUUUGUAAGAAAUUGAUCGUUUUGAAAGAAAGAGAUACGGGUCGGGGAUAUUCGACCAAACAUGAGAUGCCAACAGACAUUUUACGUGUCUCUCAGUAGGAAAAAUUCAGAAUCUUUUCAUUCGAACGGUUAAUCAUCCUUAGAGCUGAUGACUCCUUUUUGUCAAUUUACCUUCUAAAACAUUUUGUAGGUCAUAACAGUGUGAUUUAAUGCAAGAUGCAGAAAGUUGUAUCCAAUCCAGUGGAUUUAAUUGAUUUCCAAAUACUAACCACUUUUGAAUUUUUUUUCUUUUAGCGGUACAGCAUGUCUACAAGUCCCUCCUCAGCUAGGGGUAAGAGAAAAAAGGCUAGGCAAUUAACCUUUUUUUAAUCAGAGCCCGGCUACUACCUAUUAUAUUAUUGAUAACCUGAUUUUGCUGACUUGGUUUGGCCUAGCAAACACACGAUUGUGUGUGAUGUAUGGUGGAACUUCGAAAAAAUUAUAGAGAGACAGUAAUGGUUAAAACAAAUUGUACUUUACAGACUUUAUCCAGUAUAUAUAUAUAUACUAAUAAAAAGAUUUUGGCAAGGCUGAAGUGGACCAAAAUGUGAAUGAAGUGAAUUGGUAACAUAAACAGCUCAAGCUGAUUUAGUUUUCACUUUUAUCUCCCACAGGAAAAUCAGGACUAUGAUCCUACUCUGUUAAUCAUUUUAAUCAUUCUCUUGUUUUACUCUUAA